AUGGGAAUUUCUAGGUCCAUUAUUGUUAAUUUUUGUUUCUUGGUGUUUUCUGCAACCCUUCUCGUGCCAACAAGCUGCCACGAUCCUAAGCAUGUUGCCUUAUUUAUCUUUGGAGAUUCCUUGUAUGAUGCUGGAAACAAUAAGUACAUCAAAGACAGUCCUAUCUUUGCCGAUUUCUGGCCAUAUGGAGAAACCUUCUUUAAGCAUCCCACCGGAAGGCCUUGUGAUGGUCGAUUAAUUCCAGAUUUUAUUGCUGAAUAUGCAAAUUUACCCUAUAUUUCUCCGUAUCUACAACCCGGUAACCAUCAAUUUAUCGAUCGAUUGAACUAUGAAUCAAAAGGGGCUGGUAUUCUUGCUGAAACUCAUCCUGGGAUUGUGAUAAGCUCUAAAAUUCAGCUACAACUACAAUCCAGUAAUCAUCAAUUUAUAAAUGGAGUGAACUUUGCAUCAUCUGGAGCUGGUGCUCUUGUUGAAACUCAUAAAGGAAUGGCGAUAGACCUUAAUGCUCAACUAAGCUAUUUCAAGAAUAUGGAGACGAAGUUAAGGCUUCAACUAGGUGAAGCAGAAGCUAAGAAAUUGCUGUCCACCGCAGUUUACAUAUUCAGCAUUGGAGGCAAUGACUACUUUGAAGCUGUAACACCAAGUCACAGUUUGCCGCAGCUCAACUCCAGAGAAGACUAUGUAGGGAUGGUUAUCGGCAAUAUAACAGCAGUGGUCCAAGAAAUAUACAAGAUAGGAGGAAGGAAAUUUGGAUUAUCAAAGUUGAUUGCUUUGGGCUGUUUACCAUCCUUCCGAGCAGCUAAAGAGGAAAGGACAGGUGAAUCAGGGUGCAUGGAUGAAGUUACAACGUUUGCAAAGUUACACAAUACAGCACUCUCUAAAGCACUCGAAGAUCUUGAGAGACAGCUAGAAGGAUUUAAAUAUUCAAAUUUUGAUGCCUACACUGCAGGGAGUGAAAGAAUUAACAAUCCUUCAAAAUAUGGUUUCAAGGAGGUUGAAGAGGCAUGUUGUGGCAGCGGUCCUUACGGAAGCUUCAUGACUUGUGGUCGAGAAGGAUAUCAAUUAUGUGAUAAUGCUAGUGAAUAUUUCUUUUUUGAUUCGGCUCAUCCAACAGAGAGUGCUAACUAUCAAUUUGCGAAACUAAUGUGGAGUGGAAGUUCUGAUAUUGUGAAGCCUUGCAAUCUUAAAACACUAUUUGAGGAAUAA